UAUUUUACUCUGUACUAUACAAUUUGAGAGGACUGCACCAGUGACAUUCUAAGCUAUGGAUUUAUUAGGCGUGGGAGUUUGUAUCCUCACCGCAGUGUUAAAACCAAACUGCCUUUCACACACUAAUGACAGCUCCUCUUCAGAUGAGAGGUGAUAAGGUGGUCUAUAUAAGGCACAGCACAAAGCCUCAGAGCUCGGAUCAUGUGCUCUAGUGAGAAGCUGUCUAGUUCACACUCUUCAUACGCAACAUGUGUGAAACGAAUAUAAAAUGUGACUCAAGCUUUUAUACUAUACAAGAACAUAAUACUAACUUCAAUCUUAGUAUUGGACAUUCAACAGAAUUCUUAUAUUAUCAAUGUCAACGGAUUAACGAAACCAAAUGUGGAUUAAGACUUCUUUUAAAAGAAAAUCAAGGUCAAAACUGGUCUUACCAUGUGGUGUUUGUCUUCAAUACUCUCAUUUUGCUCUUGAGUGGAAUAAUCAACAUACUUCUAUGCCAAAGACUGAGAAGAACAAGUGAAUUGCAAGCAGGGGUUUCUGACCCAUCUCCACCAGACACACCAGCCUCUGAUGCCAGUUCUUCUCUUAAUCCAGUUAGUCAAAACCUGAACUACACAACUCUGCAAUUUUCUGAAGACAACACAAAUAGAGAGAACUCAGCAAUUGAACGAAGAAAGACACGAAGGAAUCCAAUCUACUCCAGCCUUAAAUGUCAAGUGUCAAACAUCACUGAAGACAGCUGAGCCAUUUCUUGCCUUUCUCAUUUGGUUUUCAAGUGAUAAAUGCAGUAGUAUAGUUGUUAAAAAACUUUAAAGUCAGAUAAAAAAUUUUAAAAAAUGGUUAAAAACAGAUUUUAUCAUGAAGAAGUGAAAAUAAUCAUGACAUAACCUUAUGUCGUACUAUGUAGGUUGUCAGCCCCUUAAUAAGGGUGAAAAAAAAUCAGAUGUUGGAGCUACUAAGCCAGGAUCGACAAUUCUUAACCCCUGCAAUAUGUAUUUUCAUGCUUUCAAUAUAUUUUGUAACAUUAUUAUUAAAACGGCAUUUGUACUUCAUAGUUUCUGUUUUAGUACAGCUUAGGCAUUGAUCAAUAUUUAAUAUGUUCUUUUAAACAAAGCAUAACAUUUCCUUAUAUACAGGAAUUAUUACAAUAUGUCAAAGCUGAAGGGUUCAGAACAUAAUAAUAAUGAGGAUGAUGAAAAGAUAACCAGUAUUUCUGUUGCUGUUUUUUCCAUGUUUGCCGCCUUUUGUGUCUUGUAAUGGGGUCAGAGGCAAAAAAAAGCAUAUAUCUUUAAUGAGCUGUAGAGACCCUUGUACUUGCCCACAAGAACCAACUACUAAGACAGACACACUAUGUGGUUUCAGAGACAGGAUGGAAAACAGAGUGGCCUAUUUAAAAAAAAAAGUUUUCUCAAGGUUAUUUGUUGUAGCAUAUCAAUAAAGAACAAAAACAGGCCACAACAACUUUAAAACUGAAUGUAAAAAUUAAGACUGCAUGUAAUGCAAAGUAUCAUUAUUCAGUUAUUUUGUCACUUUUAUUUCAGCUACGAAUUUCUGGCCUUUAUAUAACCUCUUGUUCUCUCCUGUUUGAAUGGUAAUCAUACUCCAUUCACUUUAUGUAUGUUAUCACAAAAAUACAAAUACAGUUUGCCUGAAUUGCAAAAUUAUCCUCAUGAAUUACAUGAGCAUAAUAUUAAGUAAAUGUUAACUUCUAAUUUCCUUAAUAAACAUUUUAAUAAACAAAUUUGACACAUCUUAACAAUUGAAAGUAUGGUGUCAACAUGUUUUCUAAAACCUAAAAUGUCAUGGGUUAUUGAAUUUACAUUCUUAGCAUAUGCCUAACCUAACCCUAACCCCACUAUACAGUAUAAGGUUGAUCUAAAUUAGUUUAGCAUGCAUUAUCACAACAGACACUUACAUUUGAACAUUUGAACAAAAAAAGCACAGCUAAUGUCAUUAUCUAAUGCACACUGAGAAGAAAUGUGUCUUCUCUCAUCUAGUAUGUAUAUACAUUAUCAACUGAUAACAUUAACCAUGCCUUAAUAGGAAUCAGAGGUGUACCUUUGGGGGAAAAUAGGGGGGCUCUUGGUUAACCAAUGAAAGGCAACUCAGCCAUCUGACAACAUCUACCAACCAGCUCAAACAACAUUUUCUUUUUGGUGGUCUGUGUCUCUUAUUCUUCAAAAUGAGCCAAUGCAGAGAAAAUAUGCAUGCUGUCAGUGUAAUCAUCCUUGCUUUUUGUGGUUGCUUUACAGCCCAUGUUAUUAACCAGCCAAAACUGGUGCAACAAGCCCAAAUUGGAGACAGUGUAACAAUGGAAUGCUAUUUCCUCAAAAAAGAUUUUAACCUCAUUGUGUGGUACAAGCAGCUAUUAGGAAAGAAGCCACAGCCUAUAGCAAAGUCUUACUAUAUGAACGAUGUUCAUUUUCUAAAAGGAUUUGAUGAUGGACGCCUCAGUGUGACAGUCGGAAAUGGAACUUAUCAUCUAAACAUUUUCCGAAUGACACAUGAGGAUGCAGCGACUUAUUAUUGUGGAGUGAUUAAGUUCACUGCGCUGUAUUUCAGCCCUGGAACAUUUCUGAUGAUAACAGAAAAACAUUCAAAUACGAGAAGAAUUCUACAGCAACCUGAUUUAAAACCUGUUCAUCUUGGUGAUAACAUCACUCUGCAGUGUACAGUUCAAUUCAUGGAGGACUGUGCACAACACAAUGUCUACUGGCUCAAGCAAAGCUCAGGAGAAUCCCCGUCUAGAAUUAUAGUUUCUCAUUUUAUAAUGGCUGAUGCACAGACAUGUGUCUACAACUUCACAAUGAAGAUCCGCACACUCUCUGAUACUGGUAUUUACUACUGUGCCAUGGAUGUAGAUGGAGAAAUAAUCACUGGACAAGGAACUAAACUGACUAUCACUGGCACAGAUCAGAACAUUAUGAAUCCAGGAACUUUCAUUUUGGUGUCUUCAAACAUAAUUUCUGCGGUAAUAAUUGUGAUAGCCUUGGUCAAAUGGCAUUUUAUAGGCUGACUGAAUUAAAACAUCAUCCCCUACCCAAAUUUUGCUUGGAUGUUCACUAAAUAAGGAGAAUGUUCCCUGUGCGAUACAAACUACCAGAGGUUCAACCUGUUCUGAUUCUGAAAUACUCUUGCUAUUUGUGUUACUAUAUUGUUUCUGGGUUUAAUUUGUUUUUUAUAUGUGUUUGUGUCCUGAAGACUAUCUAUCCAAUCCUCAUUCUGAUAUGGAAUAAAUAACAGAUUUAAGAACAUGUUCAUAUCUGUCGAAUGUGUGUGCUUUUCUCAUUUUUGCAUAAUUCA